CUUUUGUGUAUUUCAUAUUUCUACAUAUAUUGAAUACAACUUUAUAGCCCUCGCGAUGAAAGUGAAGAUUGUCAUUUCAGAACCGUCAGAAGUCAUAGAUCCCCUUGUGACAGAACUUGCAGCUUGUAUACAGAUGAGCAAAAGAGUUUUAGUCAUCACGGGUGCAGGCAUCUCUUGUAAUGGUGGCAUUCCCGAUUUUCGAUCUUCUGAUGGUCUCUACAACCUUGUAAAGAAGAAGCAUCCAGAUAUUAUUUUAAAAGGCAAAGACUUAUUUGAUGCCACUCUGUUUAAGAGCAAAGAGCAGACACAGUGCUUUUACACCUUUAUGGCCGAAUUGAAAAAGACAAUUGAUGCAGCCAUGCCAACCCCUACACACUCCUUUAUUCACGGCUUACAAGAAUCCGGCCAAUUGAUGCGAUGUUAUACACAAAAUAUUGAUUGUCUAGAGGACUCUUUAAAAUUGUCCGUCGUACGAUUACAUGGAUCAAUGGAUAAAGUAAAAUGCACGCUUUGUCCUGCAUCCUAUGAGUUCACUGUAGACUAUGAAGAUCAGUUCCGAAGAGGCGAUCCACCUGUAUGCCCACAGUGUGAGAUGAAUGAUAGUGAACGUGUCAGAUUAGGUAAACGACAACUCACGCUUGGCACAUUGCGACCCAAUAUCGUGCUUUACAAUGAAGAUCAUCCAGAUAGUGAAGAGAUCGGCAAGGUUCAAACUGCAGACUUAAAAAGGAAGCCCGAUCUGCUGAUUGUCAUGGGCACGUCAUUGAAAAUACCAGCCUUGAAAAAAUUCAUCAAACAGGCCGCUCGUCUCAUCCAUACUAAUAAAUCAGGAAAAGUUGUCUUUGUUAACCGUACAGCACCCACCAAAGAAUGGGAUAGUGUAUUCGAUUAUGAAGUCUUGGGUGAUACAGACGAUUGGGUAAGAAUGACACAAACCAAGUUUGAGGAUGAAAGCACAAUGAAAGCAGCAAAGACACGCCUCAGACGCGCCUUAGCAGCCGCCAAUCAAGAUGAGUCAGCGCCAAAGAAGAGCAACGCCAAGAAAAAGACAGUCAAGAAGCCAUCACAACCACAAAAGAAGAACUCAAAGCGAUCUCAUUCUCAAUUGACACUGACAGAAACUUUUGUGACAAGAAAGCGCCCAAGUACAAGAUCUGCCUGUAAAAGUGUAUAAAUCAUAUAAUUAGACAAUUAUUUCAUUUUAUGUAUCUACACCACAUUCGUUUAUCUAUUUUUCAAAAUACACGCGUUUUCCCCCCUUAAUUUUGGAUACAAGCCACAUUUGUCUUUUUCGCAUUCAUGCCUCUAUUUUUUUGACCUGAUGUCCCUUUGUACUUGACGGUAUUGUUCCAGUCAAAAGAUAUAAAUACUUGUAUUAUUUAAUGCUUUAAAAGAGAUAUGCGUAAUGUUACUUUCUCAUUAAGAAUGACUAUAUCAGCUUUUCGGUUGGCUCAGAUCAGCCAGUAAAAAAGCAAAUCGAUGUAUUGAUCCUUACCAUAUGUCUGCU